AUGAGAUUCUAUUAUGGUAUCAGAGCGUCUAGACCAUCUAUGAUCUUAUCCCCUUCCAUUUUCUCUCCUAAUACCUCUGCUAUGUCAUCCUUCUCUCAUCUCAUCACCACUAAGCUCACUACCGAUAAUUUCCCACUUUGGAAAGUUCAGAUUACAGCUUACCUCCAAGCCUUUGCCUCUUGGAAGAAAACAGACAAAUUAGUUCCUAGUAUCCUUUUUUCUUCCAUCUCUGAAACAGCAAAGCAGUUCCAAGUACGUUUCCAGUUAGCCAAUCUUUCCCGUGGUGAACAAUCCAUCACCGACUACUUUGGGAAGGUUAGAACUCUUGCUAAUAUUCUUGCUACCACUGGUAAUCCCCUCCUUGAGCCAGACUUUGUGACUUACCUUCUCACCGGACGUGGUCCUGCAUAUGACACAUUUGUCACAUCUAUUAAUACACAGGCAGAACCCAUAUCCUCUACUGAACUUUAUCAAUUGCUCCUUAUACAUGAAAGUCGUCUCUCUCAUUCCUCACGGAGUAUACUCUCCAGGGAGCCCUCUGCCAAUUUUACAGAGUCUAGUGGACGAAUAAGGGGCAACUAUAGAGGAGCUCGUCAUGGGCAAAAUGGAAAUGGCGUGGCAGACCGCCAUAUUCAAACCAUGUCCGCUAGUUCACCGAAUUUUGAGUCCAACUCCCAGCCCAGUACACCUAUUCCUUCACAAGUUUACCUUCCACUUUUUCCUCAAUCAAUUCUUGGCCCAGGCCCAAGCCGAACCCCUAAUCAGCCUUUGACAGCCUCUUCCCCACCUGAUACCUCUGAAAUUCCCAAUCCCUCUCAAAUACCUAACUCUGCAACUCUCAAUUCCUCUGAAAACCCCAUUGUCCUCCCUCCUCGUUCUCUUAUAAUGACCUGUUCACACAUUAACUCCUCACGUCCUCGUGUUCGUAUGGAUGGUACCAUCCCACAUCCUUAUCGAGCUUGUUUUAGCACCAUUGUUCCCGUUCCUGAAAUUCCCAGCUCUUACUUUAUAGCUCGCAAGCACUCUGAAUGGCAACAUGCCAUGCAACAGGAAUAUGAUGCCCUGAUUUAG